GAAAAGCUUUCCAUCUUCCAUUUUUCUGUCCUAACCUGAUCUCAAAGAAAGAAAUGAAGAGUACUAUGAACGCUACUCGGAGAUCAUCAGCUCGAAUAACGUCGGCAGCAUCUCAACGCCGGCAAAAACCUGAGCCAGAACCGGCGAUGAAGAAGUUCAUCAAGAUCAUUCUCACCUCAACAAUCCAGGAAAAAAUGAUGAUUCCGGCAAGAUUUGUGAGAUUAGGUCCUAAACUCACUGACACUGUGACUAUCCAAACUCCUGUUGGUUUCAAGCGUUCGAUCCAGAUCAAACGAACCGGUAAUGAUGUUUGGUUCGAAAAUGGUUGGAGUGAGUUUGCAGAGGCUCAUUCUAUAAGCCAAGGUCAUUUUCUGUACUUUUGUUACGAAGGGAACUCAAGCUUUCGUGUAAUGAUCUUUGAUGUGUCUGCUUCUGAGAUUGAUUACCCAAUGGACAAAGUUCAUGUCAUUGAGAGUGAUGAUGAUGAGGUGAUGGAAGUUAUGGAUGAUGAAGAAGAAGAAAGUUUUACUAGGGUUGAAAGUAGUGAUAGUGAUUCGACUUCGAGUGAUGAUGACGUGAUUGACUUGGAAGAAUUGUUGAAGAAGAAACCAAGAGCCAAAGUCAAGUCUGAGAAGAUUACUAUUGAUUUAUGGUGAAGAGACUGAAUCAAUGGAUGAGACUGAAUAAGAUAAAAGAGCCUUGAGGAGGAGUAAGAGAAGUUCUUAAAACUUGAUGUUUUUUUUUUCUGGUUUGUUUUUCCUACAAAGGUCCCUGCAGUUUCUAACCGCAGGAAAGCUAUCGGUUUCUAGCCUCUUAAUUGUAGUAACGUAAUGUGUGAUUAUCAUGUCUAAAUCUUGCAAGAACUUUAUGCUAAAUUGUAGUAACUUAGUUUGCUUGUGUAAUGUAAUGUCUAAUGUUGAAAUGAGUAUGUUUGUGUCCAA